CCCCCCCCCCCGCCCGGUCCUGCCCGCUCACCCCGGGAAUUCACACUAUUAAAAGAAAAUGUCCGCAGCCAAUAUUGCAGCAAGAGUGGAAAGUUGGCUUUUAUCCAAAUGGCAUGUUAAAGUUCCUUUGACAUGGCUGGAAGCAUGUAUUACUUGGAUCCAGGAAGAAAAUAAUGGUAAUAACUUAAAUCAAGCUCAGAUUAACAGUCAGGUAUUUGAGCAGUGGCUUCUUACUGAUCUAAGAGACUUGGAAUAUCCCAUUUUGCCUGACUGCAUCUUAGAUGCUCCCAAAGGAGAGUUGUCAGGCUUCUACUCCAUACAGAUUGAUUCACUGGUUGAUGUUAGCCAGCCAGCAUAUUCCCAAUUGCAGAAGCUAAGAGGAAAAAAUACUGUAAAUGAAGAAGUAACAGCCAGUACUCAAGCAUUCCAGAAGCCCUGGGAAGCAAAGCCAACUCGAAUGCUAAUGCUACAACUAACUGAUGGGAUACACCAAAUUCAGGGCAUGGAGUAUCAGCCAGUGCCUGCCCUCCACAGUAAUCUUCCUCCUGGAACAAAAAUCACUGUACAGGGUAAUACUGCAUAUCGCCUUGGAGUCCUUCUGCUUAAGCCAGAAAAUGUGAAACUGUUGGGAGGUGAAGUGGAUGCUCUUCUGGAGGAGUAUUCUCAGGAAAGAGUCCUUGCUAGAUUAAUUGGAGAAACUGAAAACCCUUAUUCUGUCCAACAAGCUGACCAUGACCACAUUGUUCCAAGGCCUGUGAAUGAUGUGGAACAAAGUCUAGGUCCUUCAGAUGAAGAGCUUUUAGCUAGUCUUGAUGAAAAUAAUGAAUUUGCUUUAAACAAUGAAGCAUCUUUAGAAAGCAGAUGCUACAGUAGAAGCAACAAUUUUAGUACAGCCCCAGGUUCACUGACUGCACCCAAUGGGAAUGUAGCGCCGCAGGAAUCUGGAAGUCCUUUGCCUGAUUCAGAUGAUCAAGUUUCACUUCCCAUAGAAUAUGCCGAUGGCUUUUUAAAUGACUUUCCUUCAGAAAAUGACUUUUUUCUGGAAGAAGAGACGCAAAGAGAGCUGGAAGAAGUGCCACCAGUGGUCAUAAACAGAAAUGUAAGUGUGAUUACUGAGACACUUCUACAUACAUCUAGAAGGUCCUGCAAUUCAUCUUUAAAUGGCAUUUGCAAAAAAGAUGAUGUGAGUGGAAGAGAUAAGGCAGUAGAAGCUCUCAGCAAGCAAAAGACUUUUGGAAGAACAGUAUUUGAUGGUGAUGGAAAUAGUACAAGCAGCUUUUUGCAGUGCAAAAGCAGGUGUCAGACCUGCAGUUCUGCAGACUUUAAUUUGGAAGAUCCUCCUGGAGAAAGGCAGAAUAAUACAGACCUAGAUGGCAGCAGAUGUAAAUCCCAGCACACUUCUGACAGCAGGCUGUUAAGUGAUGAUCCUGUAUUUUUCUCAAAAACGAAUCCAGAAGCAGAUCAGCAGAAGCAUGAUUCACAGACCGUUCCUUGCAGAGCAGUAGAGGCUCAUUUAGAUUUAUAUUCUCUACCUUUCACAUAUAUUUCUAUUCUACUUGCAAAAAGACCAGAAACUAUUACAGUGCUGAAAGUUAAAUGUUUUAUUGUUACUCUCACUGGAAGCCUCACAAGCACCAGUGGGUCCUGGGGUAUAAAGGCAAAAAUUUCUGAUGGUUCAGCUUAUCUUGAAGUAGAUUUUGCUAAUGAUAUUCUAACAAGUUUGAUUGGCUUUUCGGUGUCUGAAAUGAAUAAUUUGAGAAAGGAUCCAGCUUUACAUCUAAAGCUUAAGGAUGGUUUAGAGAAAUGUCAAAAACAACUGAUAGAUCUCUGUUGUUUGAUGACUAUAGAGUUUAAUCCACUUCAGUCUAAAGCCACUGUGUUAAUUCUUCAGGAUGCUGAUGCAAGGCACCUAGAACAAUUGAAGAAACGUUUGAAUAAAUAACAUGCAAACUUGCAGGCCUAUAUUACAAUACAUUUAAGUCAGAUUUCCCCUGAAGGACUCUUGAAAGUUAAAAUUGAAAAUUCAGUGGUAUGUCUCUUCUCUUACCAGGAAAAAUAAGGGAAAGUCAGAAGAGGAGAUGACUUGUUUGAGCAAAACUUAGCAGUUUGUUUCUUAUGGUGGUAAUGAAAUAAGCUUUCAAAUAUUCCUGUUUUAAGUACAGGUGUAUAAUUUUCAUUGUGCAGAAUUCUCUGUGUCAUUGACUGGUGAUCUGGAGUAGCAGAAUUUGAGUAGAAGACUCUCAUACAUAUUCACUGUGCAAGAAGCUGAAGUGUGGAGAAGUAGAUUUUUUUUUUCUGAAAGUUCAGAUGAGCUGGAAAAAGAAAACCCAGCCCUAUAUAUUAAUGAGAUUAAUGUGUAUUUU